UUAUCAUAUCAUCAUCACCGAAAACUUUACCAGAUCUUAAAAUUUUGUAAUUGCAGGGUGUAAGUGAAAAUGGGUUCUUCUUCUUCUUCUUCUUGUUACCCUCCUUCUCUACCUACUGCUAUGGCCUCUCAAGAAAAGUACGAUGUGUUUCUGAGUUUCAGAGGUGAAGACACCCGCGAUAAUUUUACAAGUCAUCUUUACGAAGCUUUAGAUCGGAAGAAAAUCUACACAUACAUGGAUCACAGGCUUGACAGAGGAAAUGAAAUUUAACCAGCACUUGUCAGAGCAAUCCAGGAAUCAAAGCUCUCUGUUAUCAUUCUCCAAAAGCUAUGCAAAUUCCUCAUGGUGCUUGACUGAACUCGUGCACAUACUCCAAUGGAAGAGAAACAAUGGACAGCUUGUUAUACCAGUCUUCUACCACGUAGAUCCAUCCCACGUACGAAAACUGGAGGGGAAUUUUGGACAAGCUUUUUCUCAAGUUGAAGUGCGUUUCGGAGAGACCAUUAUGGACUUGGUCAAACACUGGAGGGCUGCUUUGGAAGAAGCAGCUAAUCUAUGUGGGUGAGAUUCAGAGGUCACUAGAAAAAGUGGAAGGCGUAUUCCUAGACACGACUAAUAUUGGAGAGGUAGAACUUAGUUCUCUGACCUUCUCAAACAUGCAUAAUCUCAGGUUACUCAAAAUUUAUAAUCAGAAUUCUCAGGGGUGCAAAAACCUAGGCAAGUUCCUAUAUGCGAGUAAUAUUCGUGAGGCACAUAUUAGUUCUUCUAAACUCCAGUUUCGCAUAGCUGAUUAUUUUACAACUGGAUGUGUAACUGAUAAGCAGUGCAAAGUUUGCCUUCCUCAUGGUCUUGAGUAUCUUCCUGAUGCUCUUAGAUAUCUCUACUGGGAGGAAUGCCCUUUGAAAUCUUUGCCAUCAAAAUUUAGUCCGGAAAAUCUUGUUGAACUCAGCAUGACUCAUAGUUGGCUUAAGCAACUUUGGGAUGGAGUCCAGAAUCUUGGCAAGUUAAGAAAGAUUGAUCUUAGUUACUCUCAGCAUCUGACUGAAAUCCCAAAUCUAUCUCUGGCUUCAAAUUUGGAGAGCGUAAACCUUGAGAGAUGUACAAGUUUGUUUGAACUUGCUUCCCAUUUUGGAUACCUAAACAAGGUCUCGUAUCUAAAUGUAAGAUACUGCUCAAACCUUAAAGUCCUUUCAGGGAUACCGCGAAAUAUAAAGAACUUAGAUUUACGUGGAACUGCAGUUGAAGAAUUGCUUCCGUCAUUUUUGUGUCUCUCCAUACUUGCUGAUUUGUAUCCUGGCGAACCAGCAAUGGGCCUCUCGAAUUUUGCAGGAAGCACUUUUCAUCCUAACUCCCCAGAAUCUUUAGAUACGUGCAGGAAUUAUAUUAGAACUUUGCCCACAACAUUUAAGCAUUUACCAAGCCACAUUGCGUUCGAUCUGGAAGUUUGCACUAACAUUCCUUGUUUGAAAUCUCGUAAGAGUAUUACCAUCGUUAAGUGCUCAAAAUUAGAAAAGUUAGUAGGAAAAUUGGAGUUUGUUGAAUGUAUGCAAUUUCUUCAUUUACAAAGUUAUAAAUAUUUUAGGAAGGCGAGUUAUAAACAUUUUUGGACCAUCUUUAGUAGGGAUGUCAAGCUUCCCCAGAUUGAGAUGGGUUUGCAAAAUAUAGAGACAAUAGAUUUAAGUUACUGCAAUAUUGACUUGAUUCCUAGCAUCAGUGGACUCCGUAAUCCUUACCGCCUUGAUAUACGCUGUUGCAAAAGCCUUAAAUAUCUACCAGAUCAGCUCCCGUCUACCCUACAGCAAUUGGAUGCAUUUGGCCGCACGUCUCUUGAGAAAGUGCCAAGUUUAAGCCAUGCAGUCAAGAGAUGUUGGAACCAAAAUAAGGUUCGUGAAAAAAAACGAAGUGAGCAAUUUAUAUUUAUAAACUGCCCAAAAUUGGAUCAGAAUUCAAAUAACAACAUAAUAGAGGACGCACAGCUUAGACUUUUGCGCAAAGCUGCUUCAGCGAACAUCCCAACUGCAAAUAAAUACCAUCCUCAUGGAUCAGCCAGAGUAAGUGUUUGUUGUCCUGGAAGUGAAAUUCCAAUGUGGUUCAACUAUCAAACUCUCGGAAUUUCAACAACUAUCAAACUCUCGGAAUUUCAACAACUAUCAAGCUUCCUCCUGAUUGGUCUGAUGCUGAACUUCUGGGCUUUGCUGUAUGCGCUGUUGUUGAAAUCGAAAAGUUCUUUUCUGAUGAAGAAUACUCUCCUUCAACCUCAGCAUCUCCAUGUGAAAACAGAGUCCUCAAAUCGAGUUACCUGUUCCAAUGGCUUGAACCCACUUAUUUUUACGGUACUGUUACAGAAGUUACAUAUAGGAUUCACCUUGAAGGGAUUGAGGAUCGUUACAUUGAGUUAUGCAAUUUUAAAAGGUAUGGGAUCCGCCCACUGUACGCCCAAGAUGUGAAAAAUGUGUUUAACCUUAACCAACAUGAUGAUGAUGAUAAUGAUGAUGAUGAUGAUGACGAUGAUGAUGACGACGACGAAGACGAAGAAGAAGACCAAUCGCAUUUUAAGUGAGCACGUCAAUAAAUCAGCUUCUUUGAAUUUCUGUAAGAUUAACUGGUGAGUAGUACUGAUCAAUAUUGAAUUUGUCGGAUAUUACUAUUUCGGUUUAAUUUCAAGGCUAUGUUCUGCACUACUGUUAGAUAUAUAUAUAUAUAUUAUAUUAUAAUAACUAUAACUAUAUAUCUCAGCCAAAAAAAAAAAACAUUAACUAUAUAUAAGCUCUUGUGGAUUCAUUUCUUCCAAAUGAGUCUUUAGGUGGUUUUUGUUCCUUCAGAUUUUGUCUUUGUUAGAGUUAGUGACCCGAAUUCUUGUUGACCCGACUCGAAAAGCUCGCGGUGCGACCCAUUUGGUGAAACUAAUUUUGGAGAAAAAUUUGAGGCUUUGUGGUGGAAGCGGAGGUCUUGGGCCGAUAGGCUCGAGACCGUAGCCCACCAUUGAGCUUGACGGGGGUGCAGGGGCAGCGCCCCCGCGGUAUGGACCUGUUCAAUUUUAGGGUUUCUUCCGUACUAUAUAUAUAUAUAUAUAUUUGUUCGGCUGUAAUUGGGGGUUUUAGGGUAUCUCAAAAUUUGGCUCACCUUUGUACCAAUCUUUCGAUAUUGGAUUUGCUUUUCCCUGCCCGUGGUUUUUCCCGUCAAGGGUUUCCACGUAAAUUGUGUGUUUGUUCUUCGUUUUCUUUGUUUUCGUUGCUAUUUGUUUUUCUCCCAAUUUCGUAACAGUCUUGUUAUUAAUUUUUA